CUCUGAUUGGUUGAACAAAACGCGGCGCUUGAAUGCGGUGUGGAACGGAGAGUCGGGCCUGGAGGCAGAUUCAGGAGCACUCGGUUCAAAUUUUCAUCUUGAUGUUAAUUCAUGGCUGGAUAUGAUGCCCUGAUCAAUGAGUGCCCCCUUCUGUUGCCUCAGAACAGACAAAAGACCGUGUUUGAUGGCUUUGUUUUGGUUAAGGACAGAGAAUUUCGUGUGAGGAUAUUGUUGCCUGAAGAGAGAGAUCUGAAACAUGCAAGGCUUCAGUGCAGCUGGCAAUUAAACCAAAUCUUGCAUGGAUACCAGCACAUUGUGAAACAGAGACUGCAACAAUCCACUGAUCUAGUCAGCUUUAUGCUGGAGUUUAAAACUGUUUUGAUGGUGGAUUUUGACGUGUGUUCCUGGAUUCCAGGCAUGAAACGUAAUCAGCUCAUUCUUGGAAAGGAGUAUUUGCAGGAAAUUGCAUUAAGAAACAAACAUGACCUGCAAAGUCACCCACCUCCACAGUAUUAUGCACGGCUUAUUAAAGAGAUUGAAACCCUGGGUUGGGAUAAGCUUGCUUAUAUGGAUACAGAGUUCAGGACCAUUAAGCUGAAGGCUGAGGAUUCUGCAGGUCGAGAGCAUAUGAUCACAAUUAAAUUAAAAUCAAAGUAUCCAGCUGAACCACCUGACUGUGUCACAGAUUUCCCUGUUCCAUUUGUGCUUUCUUGGACGCAUGAGAGCUCCUUAAAAAACGUUCACAGUCAGUUUCUAGCAGCACUUGAUUCAUUGAAAGAGUUCUGGGAUGUUAUGGAUGAAAUAGAUGAGAAGACUUGGGUGCUUGAACCUGAAAAUCCAGGACGCACAACGACGAGGAGGAGAAUUGCCAUAAGUAACAAUGUUUCAAUAAAUGUAGAAGUGGACCCCAGACACCCUAAAAUGUUGCCAGAAUGCUGUUUCCUUGGUGCUGACCAUGUGGUGACUCCACUGAAGAAUAAGCUGAACGUCAACAUGCAUCUUUGGUCUCCAGAGUGCACUGUGCUGCAAAAUCUGAAAGAUGUAUUGGAGAUAGACUUUCCAUCCCCUGCCACCCACGAGAAGUUUAGUUUUAGCAUGGAAUGUGGCAUUUGUUAUGCCUACCGACUUGCUUCAUCGAUACCAGAUCAAGUAUGUGAUGACCCAAGGUGUGGGCAGCCAUUCCAUCAAGAGUGCCUUUAUGAGGUUGGUAUAAUCGAAAGCAGAAUUUUAAAAAUGCCUUUGUCUUUAAUGACUGAAGAAUUCAAACUAAAAUGUUUAAAUCUGCAGUGGUUGAGAGGUCUACCUUCUUCAAGACAAAGCUUUAACAUCAUCUUUGGAGAAUGCCCUUACUGCAGUAAGCCAAUCACAGCAAAGAUGACCACCAAAAGGUGCUAACAACUGAUAAACCAAACAGCAUUCCUUCCAAGUAUUCUCUCACUUUGGAGAUCCCCAAGAGGACUGAAUUAAAGCUGUUCACAUCACCCAAACUUAUUCAUUUUUUUUC